UCAGCUAGAUAGAGCAGAACUUAUCUCAUUAAAACUUUUUGCAAGCAAGAUAACGAUAUUCGGCAAGGAACAACUGUGAAUGUACUACUUUUCAACGGUUAUCAAUCAUGCUGCGAGUUCUUGGCCGUUCCAUGCGCUCGACGCAUCUCUUCAGAAGAAGCAUAGAGGCAGUUUGCGUGUCGAGCACGAGAAAUUUAAAUCUACUGGAGUAUCAGAGCAAAGAACUUCUACGUGACUGUGGCGUGUCAGUGCAAAACUUUGCCAUCGUCGAUGACUUAACCAAGACGAAUUCCGCCUUGGAGAAGUUGCAUGAGGGUGAAUAUGUAAUUAAGGCCCAAAUCUUAGCUGGUGGUCGUGGUAAAGGUUGGUUUGAUAAUGGAUUUAAAGGAGGUGUACACCUUACCAGAGACCGCAAUGCUGUCUCCAAUUAUGUGAAGAAUAUGCUUGGUCAUCGGCUUAUUACUAAACAAACCUCGAAAGAUGGCAUACCAGUGCAGAAAAUUAUGAUCGCCGAGUCAGUUGAUAUUGCACGUGAGACUUAUGUCUGUAUUCUCAUGGAUCGAGCACAUAACGGUCCGGUAUUGAUAGCAUCUCCCGCCGGUGGUAUGGAUAUUGAGACUGUGGCAGAAAAGAAUCCCGAACAGAUCAAAACCGUUCCGUUGGAUAUCUAUUACGGAAUUAACGAUGCCAUAGCGAAAGAUGUGAGCAUCUUCUUGGGAUUCACUGAUCCCGAUAUCCUGGAUAAAGCCAUAUACGAAUUGAAGAAUCUAUGGAAGCUAUUCGUGGACAUUGACGCACUUCAGGUUGAAAUUAAUCCAUUGGUGGAGACGAAAGACAAGCAAGUUAUAGCAGUAGAUGCGAAAAUCGCAUUCGACGAUAAUGCUCAAUUUAGGCAGCAAGAUUUGUUUGCGUUGGAGGAUGUUACCGAAAAAGAUCCUCGCGAAGUGGAUGCAUCGCGUUUUAACUUAAAUUACAUUGGCAUGGAUGGCAAUAUAGGAUGUUUAGUAAAUGGAGCUGGCUUAGCCAUGGCUACAAUGGAUAUCAUCAAAUUAAAUGGAGGAUCGCCUGCCAACUUUCUAGACGUUGGUGGUAAUGUGAAAGAAGACCAAGUCUUCCAAGCAUUUAGAAUUCUCAGUGAAGAUCCAAAAGUCAAAGCUAUUUUCGUGAACGUUUUCGGAGGUAUCGUGAAUUGUGCAACAAUAGCGAAAGGAAUUAUCGCGGCAUCGCGUAAUUUAGGACUUCAAAUACCGCUCGUUGUGAGGCUAGAAGGCACUAAUGUGACAGAAGCCAAAAAAGUUUUAGCCGAAUCGGGGUUGCCAAUUCUCACAGCGAAUAACUUAGAUGAGGCGGCGAAAAAAGCGGUAAUCUCUGUGAAAGCGUAAUAGUGUUGAUAAUACGCGUUAUCAACUCACUACUUAUUCAAGACUGGAAACUUGUAGUUUUAAUAUAAGGGAGCGAUAAUUCCAUACAGAGUUCGCGAAGGGAGAGGGAAGAUUGGUAUUAUUUGUGCUAUUAUUUUUAAAAUAGCAUAUAGCCGAAUAUUUCCGAAUAGUUAAUCAUCUUUAUAGGAAUUUUAUACAUUUUGCAGUUGAUCCCCGUGUUUGUUUUACUGAGCGAUUCUGUUGUAGCAUGCGAAAUUCUGUUUGAUCUACUUAUAAUAUUUUAUUUAAUAAUUUAUUCCACAGUCAAUCCCAAUUUGUUUUCGCAGAUCGUUGUUGAGCAACGAGCACAAACAGCUAUAUUAUUCAGUUGCAGUUGAUAACGUUACCAUGUCACUUUGUAUGUACAUGCUUUUUUAAUUUUGUAAAUACAUUUAUGUUUUUAGAUGAA